GGCGGAGAGCGAGCGGGAGGCGGUGGGGAGCGAAAAAAUGGCGGCCGUCAGGCGAGGAAGAGCAACAUCUGUUCUGUCAUCUGUUUCCUUACAGAUUCUUUUCUAUUUAAAUGUAGUUUAUUAUAUAUUUUAUUUUUUAGCAACCCUGAUGAUGAUUAUUUAUAAAAGUCAGGUUUUCACGUAUCCAGAUGAUUUCUUAGCUCUUGAUCUCAUAUUGCUGUUCAUUAUGGCAGUUCUUGAAGCAAUCAGGCUAUACUUUGGUACCAAAGGGAAUCUAACAGAAGAAGAAUAUCCAUUGGGUAUCAGUCUUGUGAUCACUGCUGGCAGCAUAAUCCUAUCCAUCUACUUUCUGGUGUGGCAAACAUAUGUCCUGCGAGCAGAUGUCAUCAUUAAUGUUGUACUGCUUGUCACAUGUGGACUUGAAGCAAUCCUGCAAGUCAUAGCCAUUGCUGCAUUUGUCAGUUAACUCAUGCUGCUAUCUGUGGUAAACCUAUAUUCUGUAUUUUCUUUUUAAAAAAGCAGUACAGAUUUUUUAUUGAUCCUUGUAAAAGUACAUGGGCUUGAUGUUCUCGAGUAUAAACACUAUCAUAACUGUUCUUACUACACUGCAAAGUUCCAUGAGGCCAUCGUGAACUAACAUGUAACCCAUUAUGCAGGGUUAUUCUUAGCAUAGCUUAUUUAGUGGUGGUCUCUGUUUGCAUUGAAGUCUGGAGUUAAAUGUUGAUACUCAAAUCAAGGCUGAUCCACAUUUUUGGUGGCAGACAAGCUUGCUGUUUGUCCUUUGCCGGACUUUGGUGAGCACCACAUUGUUUCAAGGAAAACAUGCUUCUACAAAUGUAGAAAUUCAUGUUGUGGACAGAUCCCAGGGAUUACCCACAGUGUGUGUAUACCAUAUGAUUAGAGGCAUUGACCUCUCGUUCCUUGGAAGAUACACGGUAAAUAGGUAGCAAUAAAGUGCUUCAUAAAGCUUGAAUCAUCUCUCAAAAUAAAUAUUAGCCAGAC